AUGGCGUUGGUGCAAUAUUCGGAUUCAGAGUCUGAGGAAGAUACUUCACAUAGUGAGAUUUCUCCAAGACCAGCCAAGAGACUGCGGCAGGAAAACACUGCCACGCCGGUCUCAUCCCUCCCUCCACUACCGAAAGCCUUCCAUGAUCUAUAUGCAUCGAGCACUCGUAUUAGUGUAAAAGAUGAUCCAAGCCUCCAUGGGGGCCGUAAAAGGGCCAUUCCACACGUUGAAGGAAACUGGCCGACUCAUAUCUAUUUAGAGUGGUAUCCGUCAAGAGGAGAGCUGUCCGUAUUGAGCAAUGUUAUUGCGCAGAUAGAGGGAAAGCUUAGAAAAAGUAAAGUGGAGCUCAAUAGCUUACUGCGAAGUGACCUUGGCGCACAACUCCCACUGCAUAUCAGCCUCUCAAGGCCGGUAGUUCUUCGGACUGAGCAGAGGCAGUCGUUUUUGGAAACCUUUCAAUCCGUCAUUCAAGAUUCAAACAUACGAGCGUUCAAUGCUACAACGGAAGGCUUGCACUGUGUGUCCAAUUAUGAAAAGACACGGUGGUUCUAUGUUCUGCGAGUUAAAAAGCCAGAAAAUGACGCCCUCAACCGCCUUUUGAAACUCUCAAAUCAAUCGCUAGCUUUAUUUAGCCAGCCACCGCUCUAUGAGGCUUCACCGCAUAUCUUGAACGCAGAUGCAAGCUCUAGCACCCUUACACAACGGCGACAAGGUGGUUCUACAGACUACUCCCACUACUUUCACAUCUCUUUGGCUUGGAGCUUGACAGAACCCUCUCCCGAUGAAAGGGAUCAGAUCGCGAAUAUAGAACUUCGAGGACUAAGUGAGUUGAGCGUCUACUUUGACUGCGUGAAGGUGAAAAUCGGUAACAAUAUAACGAGUAUACCGCUUGCUAGUCUACUGGGGUAA